UUGGCUCUGGGCUUCAUGGCGCUCUGGUUGACGGCAGUCCUGGCUCUCGCCUGCCUCGGUGGUCUCGCUGCCCCAGGCCCGGUGCUGCGAUCUGCGGCUCCUUCCGAAAUGCCCCUCAGGGAGCUUAUUGAGGAGUUGAUCAACAUCACACAAGACCAGAGGGCUCCCCUGUGCAAUGGCAGCAUGGUAUGGAGCGUGGACCUGAGAGCUGGCGGGUUCUGUGCAGCCCUGGAUUCCCUGACCAACAUCUCCAGUUGCAAACCCAUCUACAAGACCCAGAGGAUACUGAAUGGACUCUGUACCCGGAAGGCCUCAGUGGGGGUUUCCAACCUUCCAGACACCAAAAUCGAACUGGCCCAGUUUAUAAAAAAACUGCUCGAGUACUCAAGGCUACGUUUUCGCCACGGCAAAUAACCCUGAAGACAGAAAAGCACAGAUGCAGGCCCUGGGCGUCACAGUUGUGGAGCCAUUGCUCUUGCUCAAAGCAGACCUUUCUUGGGGAGGCCGGGAGGAGGGCUGGGGAUGGAUGAGAUUGGUUUAGCUUUGACCUCAGGCUGCCUGCCUAGUGCCAGGGGGCUUAGCCUGGCAACCUCCUCUGUCCCCCCCAUCCCUGUGCCUGUGACCCUGCUUCAUCCAGGCCAACUGAGGCAGAGAGCAACUUGGACACAUUUCUUCUUGAUCUUAUUUAUUAUGGUUGUAUGUUAUUUAAAUGAGUCUGUCAGUAUUGGGGUGGGGGAAUGGUUUGCUGCCUAUGUCCCCAGUGGGCUCUGGGGUCCCUGGCAAUAAUCACUGUAUACACAAUUCUGCUACCUCGCUGGGGCCUCCAGGUCUCACCUCAGGCUGGGGACAGGAGGGAAGGCCAGAGCCACACAGAGCUGGCUGAUGACAGGCCAGCAGGCAGCAACCAGCCCUCAGUCAUAAAGUAACUUAUUGUUUUAUCCUUAUAUUUAAAAUAUUAAAUAGGUUAGCAAAGAGUUAAUAAUAUAUGGAAGAAAUGUCUGUUACACUUAAGGUGAUGUGUGGGGAGUGGGGGCAAGGGUUGUCAUUGAACAUGUUUUUUCAUUGACUGUCAAACUAGAAACCAGAAAUAAAGAUGGUGACAGAUA